UCAGUACGUCUCGAACCGACCAGCUGACAGGAUGCAUCUACUACAAAUCAUUUUAAUACUAGCGAUGGCGUACGAUGCUUUCGGUGAUCGUUUAAAUAUUUGCCAGGAUCAAAUUCGAGUACGCGAAGGUUUCUACGUGUACGACACAGAUUGUCGGGACUAUGAUGAUGCCGCAUUGACGAAGGCUAAUUUCAACGAAGAUCGUGCACUUUGGAUUCGGAAUGGUACAAUUGCCGAUAUUGGACAGCUGUUGAAUGGUAGUUUUUACAACAUCACGAAUUUGAAAAUUACUAAUUUAGCCGCCGAGAAAAGCAGUCCUAUACCAGUAUUUCCGAUCGAAGUGGGACGAUUUUCCAUCCUUGAGCUAACAAAUGACGGAAUCGAGUGGUUGGAAAUUAACGAAGAAGAUUUUCGACUAACGCAUUUGGAUGUACGCAGGAAUAAGCUUGUGGAGCUGGGAAAUAUUACGCUGUUGAGGAAAUUGGAAUCCUUGAGGGCUGAUGGUAAUCAGAUCGAAAGUGUGUCUUUGGAUGAUCUGAAAAAUUUGACAGAUUUAUUGGUGCUAUCAUUGGCUGGCAAUAGAAUCAAAAGUAUUACAGCGACGGAAGUAAUUCCCUUAUUGAAGUUACGAUCCCUGGAUAUUUCGGACAACGAUUUAACGAGCUUAGAUGUUUCGUUGUGGCGCUUUCCAGAGCUGGGCAGCUUUUAUCUGCAUAAUAACGCGAUUGUCAAAGUUGGCGGACUGCGGGGUAAGUUCCCGAAGGCAUGGGACAUAGCGAUGGGAGGAAGCAACAACUGGGACUGCGAUUGGUUCGAUGAAUUGUUGGCGUUCCUGAAGCAAGAUCGACAAUUUGCAAUGCAAAUGUUUGGAGAUGAACCCAAAUGUCCGAAUUCAACCCGAAUGAUUGGCUUCAUAUGUUGCCAAAACUUAACCACUGAAGAAAACAAUUUAAUCUUGUAAUAAAAUAGUGACGUACAAAUCCGCCGGUCAACAACGGAAAACAGUGCUGUAAUCAUUAAACCAUCCAUCCCUUCCGAACAGAAAGUGAAGAUUCAAUUGCUUCUACGAUUAAUUGCCACUUAUCCGAUAAACUUUGACGCCUGCAAACGGAGAUUUCCCGCCAGGAGGUUAUUGAGUCUAUAAAUAAUCUUUUCCCUUUACCCCCGUGCCAACCACCAAAGGCUAUUUGUGGAACUUGGAGCGUCUUUCUAUGCGCUCAAAUUAUCAUGAUAAUUAUGGUCAUUACAUUGUUCGUUAGUUGGCACUUG